CCCGAAACGGGGCUUGCGGCAUGGCAAGAGGAUGGGCAUGGUUUUAGACCGUGCCACUCGAUUGUAGUUGCCUCAUUUGCUUAGGUCAUCAACGUUGUCAGGUGUCUGGAGCGUAACAAUGAGCCACAGGAUCAACCUCACAAAGAAAGAUGCAUCUACUCUAGAUCAAAUCUUUGACCCGGAAUCAACGCCCUCGCCUGCAAUCAAUAUCAGCUCUGAUGCCCCAGAUGACCCCCACAUUAAGGACUCUCAAUUGCUAGAAGAGCUUAAAAAACGAGAAAAAGAUGCGAUUGUGCUGUUAGAGAAGAAUGUCAGUUCUGAGUUAGGCGGAAAGGCGAGAGUCGAUCCGAGCAUUUACAAGCAGGUCUUGGAUGAACUGUCGGAGUUGAUAUCGGAAGAGCCAUCAUAUGCAAGCGUGCGGAACAAUCGUGCUCAGCUGCUUCGAUUGCAACACGGAGACCACGUUUUGGUGAUAGCUUGGAGUCCAACGGCGGCGGGGAAAGAGAAGCAGCAGGCUUCCAUUGCGGAGACCAUCUUGACUGAUCUGGACACGGCUCUUGACUUGCUCACGCCAACUUCCUCGACGGUAUCACUCUCACGAAGCCAAGCACGUACAUUGGCGCAAGCACAUACGCAGCGAGCAGCUCUAUUGUAUACAGCAUCAAAAGAUGCAGCGUCGCAUGACAUGAUGAAAAGACAAUGGCGUCCCGUGGGGAACAAAUUUGAAGGUUGGACCGCAGACAGAUUUGAAGAAGCUGCAUCACGCGAUUUCUUCCUCGGUGGUCUUUAUGGAAACGAACUGUCCAAGGCCAUGGCCGUACAUACUAAUCCGCAUGCCAAGUUAUGCGGGGCAAUUAUACAGGAAGCGUUAAGAAAAGAAUACGCGCCUGGGUUAGCAUAGGUUGCGUCCAUGUCUCUCGAAUUUCUCUUUGAACAUUUGAAUUUUGGUUGAGAAUGCACCUUUUAUCAUUCAGCUAUUGGUGCUUAGACAAAUGACUCAUGACUUAUAUCCUAUGUAUUUCUUACUCAAAUAUAAAUUCCGGGACCCUACUCUGCACAAGCGUCAAGGAGCUUCUUAUGGCUCUCCAUGGCUUCUUUGGCAAAGUCUUCCAGCUCGUAGUCCUUUCCUUUGCCGUUUGGGCCGCCGUCAAAAACUUCCAUUGAGAAAUAUCCUCUAAAUC